AUGGAAAAAACAGGCUUUGAUUCUGAAGACAGUAUAAAAGGAGACCGGGAUUGCACAUACGGACACGAUUCAAGGUACUCAGGUGAAGAACCUCCAGCAAUAGGCUCCUUGCAGCAGAAAAGAAAAGCUACUAUGGCUUCUACAAGAUUUCCCUCCCUGGUGAGUACACUGAUAAUAUAGAUUGUCAUUUAUGGUGUAUAGAACUCUUAGUACCCAUUUGUGUCCAACUUAAAAAGUAGAGGCGUUUGACAUUGCAUUUGAGUUCUUACUUCAUCCUGUUAUCAGUCUUCCUUCCACAUGCAGAAUUUUGUUAGUGAAGCUUCAAUCUCCCAACCCACUUGCUACCAAAAAUUGAAGCCAAUGGUUAUCUAAGUCUUCUGUCUGUCUAUCCAUCCCUCAUUAUAGCUUCAACAAUAAGCUAUAUUUAAUUAGCGUAAUAUGUGUAAUUAAUGUAAUAGAUUUGGACAGUACAGUUUAAAGCAUUUGGAUAACAACUAUUUCCUAAUUCAUGAACUUCUUUUUCUGGAGGGAUUUUCAUCCCGUAGAUAAGCUUCAUAGCUAUGACUGUGAUCCCACCUGCUCUGGGUUAAUGUUUCACAUAACUGAAUGCUUUUCGUAAUCUCAUAGAUCUAAAGCUACUUUUAGAUUUGAAAGAGGACUGAUAUAUAAUCAAUUCAUUCUCAGCAGAAUUUCACUGUUUCCCCCCCAAGUACCACUUCCUCCAGGGUCCUAUCUGCUUUCCUUGUGAAUUUAUUUGCUUGAUUGGCACACAAAUAAACAUUAACGAAUAGAACAACAAAUAGAACAAUUUUGGGAGCAAGUUUUGAAAGCGAUAUCUCAGAUUACAGUUCAGACAAUCCCAACAACCUCAGCUUUUGCCUUACUUAAUUUAUAUACUUCAAAUAUAGACUGAUUAAGAAGUUAGGAAUUAAUAACACAUUUACUAACAGCAGCUAGAAUGGUAAUAGAACUUGGAAAACUUUGCAAUUAAUUAAUAUCGACCACUGGGUAUAAUAUAAUUUGGCAAACAGCCAUAAUGGAAAAGCUGUUGUAAAAAUUGAAGGUGGCAAGGAGAGAGAAAAAGAAGAUAAUUUGUUUGGCACAGUAUUAUUUAAUAUACAAAUGAAGCAACACAUGGAUGAGAAAUACCUACAACAUAUAUUGCCAUAAAGUGUGGAUAAGCAGGAAAUGCUCUUUAGCUCACUCCUAUUAUUCUGAGUUUUCCAAGUGAAUUUAUUGAAGAAGCCACUGAACUGGUUUACUGUAAUCACUGUAAAAUAAUACGUUUAGUAUUUUACACCCCUAGUGACCCAUUUUGGGGUCGUGUCAUGCCUUAUUAUUUAUAAUUUUGUAAUAUAUAUAUAGUAAAUAAAUAUUAACAUCCUAAAUGACAAGUGUGUGUUGGUGCAGCUUUUCCUCAAACUUUUGCCAAUGAGAUUUUGUCUUCGUUUGAAAUCCGUCUAUCAGUCCUGGCCUCUAUCACAAACUGGCAGUGGUUCAGCCCAGCUGCAAAACUCCCAAACAGAGAGUAGCCCUGAAAGUUGCUUUUGGUGAAAGGGAUUAGACUUGAUAUAUGCGAUUUAUUUUAUUUUUUAAAAAAGACAGGUUUAGCGUAUUGCCACUUCACCAGUGAGCCCCCACUGCUUGAUGUUUUAGGCUUCAGAGGAAGGGUUUCAGGGUCACAACUCUGGCUUUCAGUAAAACCUGGCACCCUUUAAGUACUUCAAUAUUAGCAGAGUGCCUAGUAUAAACUGUUUUAUGUAAAAACCUAUUUUAUGUCAGUUUCAGAUUAUACCUCUGGCUAACCUGCACAUAAUAAAACAACUCAUUCUGUAUCUGUUCUCCCUUUCAGGUUGGGUUGUUGCUGCUGCUGCUUUCAGCUAUAAAUUUAGCUUCUGGAAAAGCAGUUAAGCCUGGGAAAAACAACGAGGAACCCAGCGAGAACUGUCCACCCCAGUCUGGAACCCAAGAGGAUUUUCCUCCAAAGUCGCUGACAUUCCAAGUCCACAUUGGCCGCCCACAACCAGCCAGUGAGGUGCCUCAGGACAUCAGGAACAGAUCUGCAUCUCCAUGGGAUUACAGGUAUUGUCCUUAUUCUCACUGAAUCAAAUGUGUUGGCUAUGAAGCAGAGCAUGCAUAGCAAACCCAACGUGGUUCUUCAAUACUUUAAAAUGUCUAGGGCUGCCGCAAGAAAGGGCACAAUUUUGUAGCUGUUGUCAAACCCAGGAGCCAGCCGGGUUUUCUGGGAAACAGACUGGAGAGAGAGGGAGAGCUGAAUUGUCUCCAUGAAGGGAGCAGUUUUUUUUCUUGUUGAGGUGUUUGGACCUUCCCCUGAUCCUGCUUCUGCUACUCCCAGGUUGUGCUUCAUUGAUAAAUGCCAGGGCUCACCCCUAUCUGGAAUUGUAGCCUCGGACAGGGGCUCCUCAUCCAAUGAGGGGCUGCUGGUUCAAUUUGCCCUGCAAUGGGGGAAAGGCACUCUGCACAUGCUUCACAUUGCUACUAAUUUGUGUCUUUUCGAAUGGAGCCCGACCAGCCGGCACAGAGGAACUCUUCGGCAACCUGGGUACCUGUUGUGAGGGUCCUAAAGCUUAAAUCACCAGAGGAGCAUGGGUGCUUGGAUUUUGUGCCCUUGCCCUCAAAGCUUUCAGAGCCACAACUCUAUAGUUUGCACCACGGUAGUUACAGACAACUGCCUUUGAAAUGGAAGUUAUUUGACUCUAUAGCAGGCUUCCUCAACCUCGGACCUCCAGAUGUUUUUGGCCUACAACUCCCAUGAUCCCUAGCUAGCAGGACCAGUGGUCAGGGAUGAUGGGAAUUGUAGUCUCAAAACAUCUGGAGGGCUGAGGUUGAGGAAGCCUGCUCUAUAGUGUGGAACACAGAGUGUUUCUCUGCUGGCAGAAUGUUUCUGAGAACAUCUUUCCCCCAUGGCUGCUCCUUUUACUCCCUAUGUCUACUGGUAGUAAUUGGCUGCUUGGUCUAUGCACACUUGCCUUGCCUUCCCCUUGGAGUAUAUCUGCUGCUCAGUUUGAGGGCACUCAGUUUGAGGUGCCCAUUCACAGGUAAUCAUGGUAGCAGUCCCAAGUAAGAGACUCUUGAUCAACGCAGUCUGUGCAUGUUUCCGAUCUCACAUUCUUUUCGGCAGCACUUGCUUUGAGAACCUCCCGUUGGAUCACCCUCCUCUGCCUGCUUAAAAGCAGGAAUGGGUCUCUCUCACCUUCCCUUGCUUCACAGGGCAGGAGAAGAGAACCCUUUGCAGCCCAAGGACCCCAUUUCCCUUAAGUCAGCCUUCCAGGGAUAUAUGCCAGGAGCAAGAGCCUCCUGCCUCCACAUAGUCAGCAACGUUCCCACCACGCAAAAGCCACAGGUUUCUAAACCCACUCACCUCUCCAUCCACAAUUCAGGCAAGCAAGAGGCAUUCUCACAUUCCAGUACUAGAGGGAAGUAAAGAGCAGAACCAGUGAGGGGGGUGGGGUGGCCUGGAGAGUCUUAAGAGACCGGAGGGCCAUAUUUGUACCCCCAAGGGCAGAGGCUGAGGCUCUCGACCCCUGUCAUGGAAGAGGAACUGGCAAACUGACAGAUUGUAUUGCAUAUCACAUGAUAAUAUAUUAUUAAUAUAGUAGUCAAUAAGCAGCCAUUUCCUUCACUUUCUGAUAACUUGCAGCCUCUCUUCCUUGAAGGAUUGAGAUGUGUGAACCUUUGGAAGUCUCUUCCAUGCAAAGAGACCCUACCUUCCCCGCUCACAGACCUUUCUACAAGGCGGCCAUUCCUGCUUCUCUUUGGCCAAGACUCUUAUUUAGCGCUGGAGAGGAGCAAACGUUUAGCUUCCCAUUGUAUGCAGCCAGUUUCAAGGCUCUACGUGUUCUGAUAAACUAACAGUCUUGCCUUCCUUUUGCCUCUGUAUUUGCAGCAUUCACGAAGAUCACAACAGGUUUCCCCAUGUGAUUUCGAAAGCCACCUGCCGCCAUGCCUUCUGUCUGGACAGUAAAGGCAAACCAAACAUAGCCCUGAAUUCUGUUCCUAUUCAGCAGGAGAUCAUGGUUCUUCGACGGAAGCUGGUUGGUUGCCAGCAGACCUUUUGGCUGGAGAAAGAAGUGAUUAAUGUUGGUUGCACCUGCGUCAUGUCAAGAACCUAUGCUAAUCGAAGUGCCUGAAAGAAGCACAGAAUUGACCAGCAGAGGUAAAUGAUCGACUCCAGGCUGAUGCUUUCCGAAUCCAAAUCACAUUCUUUGAUGACUCAAAAGAGAAAGAAACUGCUAUCUCAGGGAUGAGCAGAAAUAAAGACAACAUAGAAUUAGGAAAGUUUUUGUGCAACUUUCUUACUAGAUGACACAACUUUAAAAUGCCAUUUGUUUCAAAACAUUUAAGUAGGCCAUGAAAAUGUUGAAUAUAUAUUCCUCCUGGCCUCAGGCCACGAUGACAAAAAUAAUCUCUCCUAGCUAAAAUGGCCUCUUCUCUUCACUUGCCAAAAAUGUAAAAGUCCUGCCUUGUAAUGAGUGUUGCAUCCUUUACCCCCAUGCUAUUGGUCAGUCUUAUUGAACUGUAUGUUCUAUGUCACGAUAUAAAUGCAUAUGAAAUGUGAAACUCAUGGAGAAGCAAAGAGAAACUUGCUUCCAGCUGUAUUUAUAAGACCUAUUUAUAUAACUUGUAUUUAUGCACCUG